AUGAACACAAUUUUAUCAACGCUGAUGAGAGGCGUCUUCUGGAUAAUUACCAUAAUAACCAAGGGUCUCGAGGCUCUCGUUCACGUAGAGCUGGACUAUAAUGGUUUUACGAAAUUCUUGUUUUACACAUUCCUUGCAAGCACUGCACUUCUUUUUUGGUAUUUGAAUGGUAUCCAACCGGAAUAUUAUAUCGAUGAGGCUUUCCACGUACCUCAAACGUUACGAUAUUGUGCGUGGAAUUUUACGGAGUGGGAUCCUAAAAUCACUACGUUGCCAGGCUUAUACUUUAUUACCAGCGUGAUAUUGUCUCCAUUUAAUCUUUGCGACAUUACUUACAUGAGAGGCAUAAGUGUACUUGGAGCUUUCAUAAAUCUCUAUCUUUUUUUUAACAUUAUAAAGGAGAAUUGGAUGUCACAGAUGGAUUGGUGGAACAAAUGGUCGAUUAUCGGACUGACACAUAAUCUUACUCUUUUUCCACCAUUGUAUUUUUGGUCCUUUUUUUAUUAUACGGACGUUAUGUCUGUGAACAUGGUGCUUUUAAUGUUUUAUCUGCACCAACGUAAGCACACUAUGAUGGUGGCCCUUGCAGGUUUACUAGCCGUGCUCAUUCGUCAGACGAAUAUUAUUUGGCUCGGUUUCUUUACUAUAGAACGCGCAUUAGAUAUAUUUGAUAGCAGGAUGAAGGAGCCUGUCCCACCCAAAAAGCUCAGUACUUCAUUGCACUUUUUUUUAAUUUGGAGGCAACUAAUGUACGAAUUACGCAAAGGUCCACUGUGCUUCGUCAAGUUCGUUGCGCAGAUAUGCGGUAGUCUACUUCCUUACUUAACGGUAUGCCUCAUGUUCGUUACUUUUGUCGUGUGGAACGGAGGCAUAGUGGUCGGCGAUCGUAGUGCCCAUGUUGCAACGAUCCACGUUUGUCAGAUAUUUUAUUUCUCCACCUUCGUUUCUCUGUUCUCAUGGCCAUACGUUAUACCUCAUUGGCAAACGUGUUUGCGAUUCCUUCGUCAGCAUUGGAUUUUCGCGAGUGGUGCUAUCGCGUUGAUGGCCGCAAUAAUAUGUUCCAAUACGCUCGUUCAUCCGUACAUUUUGGCUGAUAAUCGACAUUACUCGUUUUACGUGUGGAAUCGAUAUAUGGGCCGAUACGCGGAAUUCAAGUACCUGCUGAUACCGAUUUACUGCGCGAGCCUGUUCGCCAUGUCACGGAACAUUGCUCAUUUGAGAUUUCUCACACAGAUUAAUUAUGUUAUUUGCGUGUGCGUGGUGCUGAUACCUCAAUUAUUGGUAGAACCGCGUUAUUUCAUCCUGCCGUACAUAUUUUACCGUUUAAAUAUGAAGAGGCCAGAAAGAUGGCAGAUUCUUUGCGAAUUCUUCACGAUACACGCUAUCAAUUUCUUGCAAAUUACGAUUUUUGCCACCAAAGUAUUUUAUUGGAAGGAUCAGCCUUAUGCUCAGCGAAUUUCUUGGUGAAAUUUACAACGCUGAAUCUACAAAAUAAAAAAGAACUCU